AUGAAAUUGCUUACUUUAAACAUGUGGCUCAUCAAUUCGCUCUCCUUCAAAAAGUCUCCUCCACCAUUUAAGAAGGAACGAACGGAGGGAUUUUUAAGACAUUUAGCAAACGGUUUUGAUGAAUUUGAAAAUUGUGUUUUGGAGGAAACAACAAGCCGAUCCAAAAAGAACAAUUCCGAUCACCUUCAUCAUGAUGAUCGAGCCAUCUCAACAACAACAGGAGGCAUUGAAUCUUCGUGUGUGAUCGCAGAUGAAAAAAUUACAAAGAAAAACAAAGAACAACAAAAAUCAGGCAAGAUAGCAACAACGUCUCACAAAAUGUUUGAUGUGGUUGUCUUGCAAGAAGUGUUUCGAUAUGGAAAUACUUUUUUUGAAUUAUUUGAAAAUACCUUUCAUGAACUGAUUGUAAAAAAGGGAACUAAUGAAUUGAAUUAUCAUGUGGCUUUGUCGGAUCCUCCUUAUCUGUUAUGUCAAGAUUCUGGACUGUUGAUUUUGAGCAAAUAUCCAAUCGUAUUUUCCAAAAAUUACGUUUUUCAAAACGCUAGCUGGAAUGACUAUGUCACAGGGAAAGGAGUCCUAUAUUCCAAAAUUCAAAGUCCACACGAAGGAGUUGUUCAUCUUUUUACGCUUCAUAUGGAUGCACAUGAUGAAAAUAUUCGACGAUGUCAAAUCGAUGAAUUGAUAGCGUUUAUUAGAGAGUGCACAUACAUUUCAUAUGCAAAAAGAAAACACACCAGUUCACAUCAACAUAAUUUGACAAAACAUAAUAUUGUUCUUGCUGGAGAUUUUAACAUUGACAGUUUAGUGGAUGUAGAAAUUUAUGAGUAUUUACUGAAUGAGCUCAACUCAAAAAUUUGUAAAAACUACAUCCAAGAAUGUGAAUUCAGAGACAUUUUUGGAAGCGACCUCACAAAACAUCCUAAAACUCACAAGAAUAUGUGUUUGGAUCACAUAAUAUAUACUGUUCCUUGCCAUUCUAACGACUUGAUUUUCAAUCCAUUUGCCACAAGAGGUCGCAACAAGUCUUCAAGAGAGCCAAACACUCACCCACAAACGUAUCAUAUUGUCGAUUGGAAUUGUGAUAUUGGCAACGAUGAAAAGUAUCCCAUAUCGGACCACUUUGGAAUUGCUGCUGACCUUCGAUUGUGA